AUGGCGCUUCCUAAGGCGGUGAAGAAAGGCGAUCUUGUAAAGACAAGGUCUAUUCUAAAAGACGAGACAGAUGAUGCCAAGCUGGUCAUGCUACACACUCCAGUUCCUAAUGGAAAGGCGUCUCUUCAUAUCGCUUCAGAAGAAGGGCACAUCGACCUCGUGAAAUAUAUGACUGAUUUGGGGGUGGAUCUAGAAAAACGAAGUAGGAGCGGCAACGCCCCUCUUCACUAUGCGUCUCGGAGUGGUCACCAUGAUGUUGUUCAAUAUCUCAUUGGUCAAGGAGCAGAUAUCAAUAUCGGCGAUAGCAAUGGUUAUACACCUCUCUAUAUCGCCUCGUUGGAAGGACAUCUUGAUGUUGUCGAAUGUCUAGUAGAUUCAGGAGCAGAGAUGAACAAAGUAUCAUGUGAUGGUAAAAACUCACCCCUUCAUGCUGCAUCCAAAAAUGGUCAUCUGAGCGUUGUGAAAUAUCUCAUCACUAACAGAGCAGAUAUAACUUUAAAGGGAUGCGAAGGUAAAAAUUGUCUUAGUAAUGCGGCUUCCUGUGGUCAUCUUGAUGUCGUAACAUACCUCUUAACUAAAGAUGCAGAUAUCAACAUGGACGACAACAACAAAUACACACCGCUUCACGCGGCAUCAGAAAAUGGCCACCUUCAUGUUGUUGAAUAUCUCGUGGAAGCAGGAGCAGAUAUCAAUAUAGUAUCUAAUUCUGGUUACACUCCGCUGUCAACCGCAUUAAUAAAGGGGCAUCGUGGCAUUGUGGAGUUUCUCAUGUCUAGGAAUGCAGACUCUGGCAACAUAGAUGACGUCGGUCCACUUGUUCUUUCCAAAGCAUCAUCAGAGGGCUACCUCGACGCUGUAAGGUAUAUCAUAACUAAAGGGGUAAGCUUCGAUUUGGGAGAUAGAGAAGGUUUCACACCACUACGCCAUGCGUCACAGAACGGACAUCUUAAUGUUGUUGAAUGUCUAGUAAAUGCAGGGGCUGGUGUGAACAAAGCAGCAAAGAAUGGUUCUUCUCCCCUUCAUGGCGCAUCAUUUUCUGGGCAUCUGGCAGUUGUUAAGUAUCUUAUCGAUCAAAGAGCAGAUAAAGACAUAGGUGACAACUAUGGUUACACACCCCUACAUAUCGCCUUAGAGAAUAGUCAUCUCCAGGUUGUUGAAUGUCUGAUGAAUACAGGAGCAGAUGUUGAGAAAGCAACGAAGAAAUACUGGACACCUCUUCAUAUUGCGUCAAGAACAGGUCAUGUAGAUAUUGUAAAAUAUCUCAUUUCUCAAGGAGCGAACCCGAAUUCGGUUGAUAACAAUGGUAAUUCACCCCUGUACAUUGCCUCACAAGAGGAUCAUCUUGAUGUUGUUGAAUGUCUAGUUAGUGCAGGAGCUGAUGUCAAUAAAGCGACGGAGAAAGGCUGGACACCUCUUCGUACGGCGUCAUAUAACGGCCAUGUAGACAUUGUAAAACAUCUUAUUUUUCAAGGAGCGAACCCGAAUUCGGUUGAUAACGAUGGUUAUACACCCCUCUAUAUUGCCUCAAUAAACGAGAAUCUUCCUGUUGUUGAAUGUCUUGUUAAGGCAGGCGCUGAUGUUAAGAAAGCAACGGAGCAAGGCUGGACACCUCUUCGUACGGCAGCAUAUAACGGUCAUGUAGACAUAGUAAAAUAUCUCAUUUCUCAAGGGGCGAACCCGAAUUCGGUUGAUAACGAUGGUUAUACACCCCUGUACAUUGCCUCGAAAAAUGGCCAUUUUCAUGUUGUUGAAUGUCUAGUGAAUGCAGGAGCUGAUGUCAAGAAAGCAACGGAGCAAGGCUGGACACCUCUUCAUGCGGCGUCAUAUAAUGGUGAUGUAGACAUUGUAAAAUAUAUCAUUUCUCAAGAAAAGAACCAGAUUUCAGUUGAAAACGAUGGUUAUACAUCCCUGUACUUUGCCUCGCAAGAGGGUCAUCUUAAUGUAGUUGAAUGUCUAGUGAAUGCAGGAGCUGAUGUCAGGAAAGCGACGGAGAAAGGCUGGACACCUAUUCAUGGGGCGUCAAUUGACGGUCAUGUAGACAUUGUAAAAUAUCUCAUUUCUCAAGGAACGAACCUGAAUUCGGUUGAUAACGAUGUGAAUGCAGGAGCUGAUGUCAAGAAAGCAACGGAGCAAGGCCGGACACCUCUUCGUGCGGCGUCAUAUAACGGUCAUACAGAUAUUACCUUAACAGGAGUCACGCCACUUAUGGUCGCCGCAAGGGGAGGACAUCUGGACUGUGUACGUCUGCUGCUCGAAAACAGUGCAGAUAUUGAGACAGAAGAUGCAGAAGGAUGGACAGCCCUCCAUUAUGCUGCAGCAAGGUGA